CUGGCGGUUAGAUUUGAAUACUUCCUAGAGCGGUGACGUCUGGUCCUUAGGAGCGCGCGGAGCUGGUCGAGGCGAGCAGACGGACUGCGGCGGAAAAAAAGUUUUCAAAAAUGGAUGGGAUGUCUUCAGAGGCUAACGAAGAGAAUGAUAAUAUACAGAAGCCUGUUAGAAGACGGCGUUCCUCAAUUUUGAAACCCCCAAGGAGUCCUCUUCAGGACCUCAAAUGUGGAAAUGAAACAGUUCAGGAAUUUAAUGCUCCAAGACCUAGAAAAAGCUCUCGUCGAGUCAGCUUUGCAGAUACCAUAAAAGUAUUCCAGACAGAGUCUCAAAUGAAAACAGAGAGAAAUUCAGAAAUUACAGAGACAGAAACCAAAAAAAUUGUCCUGAAUCUACAGAAUAAGAAUUCAGAUGAUAAUUAUUGUGCAAUUACUGGUAUGAACACAUUACUUUGUGCUCCUAUUCAGACCCAGGUGCAACAAAAGGAGCUUUCAGUUAUAGACUACAACCAUGACAAGAAACAUGCAAAUGACCAGACAGUCAUUUUUUCAGAUGAAAACCAAAUGGACCUGACAGCAAGUCACACUGUGAUGAUUACCAAAGGGCUUUCAAAUUAUACCAAAAGUGACAACUCCACAAAGAUAGAUACCACAUCCUUUCUGGAGAAUUUAAAGAAUCGUGCUGAGGAAUCAAGAAUUAAAAAGAAAUUAGACUGCCCCAUAAUUUCCAUAAGUCAAAAUACUUUCCCAGAAAAAAUAAAUUCUGACAACUUCAUAAAAAGAUUAAAAACAGGAAAAUAUAGUACCUCUUUUGAUAAGGAAAAUUCUGAGAUACCUAUUUAUUCCAAAGAAUCAAACAGUGUCUCUUCUACACAUCAAAUGCAUGCAUCUCUUAAUGUUGAUAAAAACAGUAGUAAUAGGACUAGAAUCUUUAGCGAACAAGAUGAUGGGAUGGAUUUGACCCAGUGUCAUACAGCCUAUAUUCAGACUUCGAUUCCUCCAUCCGGGCAGGACAACUUAGGAGGAUUUAAACAUGAUACUGUAAUUUAUGGCAAUGAGUGUAUGGAACUGACAGCUAACUAUACAACAUGGAUUUUGCCAUCAGAAAAUAAUUUAUCUGAAACAGAAAUGAAAACUCAAAAUGUCAUGAUGAAUUUUACAACAGUUGAUGAAACUAAAGCUUCAGAGAAGAAAACAGUUCUUAAGGAUAAGCUAAAUGCUGCUUUUCAAGUCUCUUUUCUAAACCCUGAAAAUAAAAUUCAUAUUACCAAAAGUCAUAAUAUGGAGCCAGAAACUCAUACAGUCUCACAGACCAAUCAAGGUGCCAGCACAUUCGAUAAAACUUCAAAAUCUAUAUGUUCUAGUCCAACUAUACAAGGUUAUAAGACAAUUUUUUAUUCUAGUAGCAAUGAUGCAAUGGAACUGACUAAGUGUCUAUUAAGUACGAAGGAGGAAAAAAGUUUGCUGAAGCCUGAUGGUAAUUAUUCUAAAGUAUGUGCCAGUCCAGUUGCUGGCCCACUCAUAGAGAAAACUACUUAUUCAGAAGAGGAUAACAUGGAAAUUACCAAGAGUCACACAAUUGUAAUAGAUAAUGAGAUGUUCACACAAGAUCAAGAAAACAUUAAAAAAAAAAUUACAGAUAUACCAGUAUUUGAAAAAGAAAUGAUUCCCCAAAAUCAUAUAACUACAUCAGAAGAUGAGAAAAUGAAUGUAAAUUAUAUUACAGUUCCUCAAGUAUUUAAGGAAGGAUUACAAGAGAGCCUAACAAAUAGACUAUCUGACAGAAGGAUUGAACUCUUAGCAGGUGAAGAUAUGGAUUUGUCUGAAAGUUAUACAAGUCAGUUAAGAAGUCAAUUUAUUCCUACAACUUUUGACUUAGCCUCAAAGAAUUUCACUGAGUCUUAUUCUCAGAGCAAAAACUCUUCAGAUGACAGGGGAAAAGUGACUAAAAGUCUUACCCAACCAUUCCAGAAAGCAAGCAUUAUACUCAAAAACAUCCUAACUGACUUCGAAAGCAAAGAAAAACAUCGAGUUUUGAAGAUUUCAUCUUGUCUUGGUAAAAAGUCUCCUCUGUCAGUUGAUUAUAAUCAGGACGUACCAAGAAACCAUAAUAUAUCCUCUUCUGGUACAGUUUUGGAUGAACAAGUAACAGUAGGACAUACAAUACAGGACCAGAAUUCUAAACUUCUUGAGCCACAGAGGAAAAACUUAGAUGAUCCCACAACUGACUGUUCUCAUAAGAUAAUUUCUUCAGAGGAGGAACAAGCUAUGGAUCUAACCAAGAGCCACACUGUUGUAAUCGGGUUUGGGCCUUCUGAAAUACAAGAACAAAGUAAGACUAACUUAGAACAUAGAAACAGCCAUCUCACAACAAUAAACAGACAAAUAGAUGUGAGCAUUCCUAUAGAAAAAACUGUAGUAACAACUAAUGAGAUGGACAUGUUAAAGGACAGAAGUAUACAGAAGCCUGAAUUUCUGAAGGAAAAGCAAAAUGUCGAAAUUUGCGAAAGAAAAAGUGCUCAUGGACUACAAAUUGAUAAAACCAUUUUAUUUUCAGAGGGUAAUGAGAAUGAUAUGGAUGUCACCAAGAGUUACACGGUGAAAAUAAACCAUAGAUCUUUAUUAGAUAAACAUGAUUCUCCUUUACCUAUGACAGGAACUUCUAAAACCAUUUUGUAUGCAUGUGGACAGGAUGAAAUGGAAAUCACUAGGAGUCACACAACUGCUUUAGAAUGUAAAAUUAUUUCACCAGAUGAAAUAACUCCUAGCCAUCCAGAUAAUGCUGUGAUGUCUAUUGAAGGUCACGAGGAACUAGAAAUGACAAAGUCCCAUACUGUUUUCAUUGACUAUCAAGCAGAGGCGAACAGUGCCCUUCCAGACAGAUUUGACUUUGAGUUAUCCAAGAAAAAAUGCCUACAGAAGCCAAAAGGGAUGUCUACUACUGCUGAAAAGACUAUAUCCAUUUCAAAAAAUAGUGAAAGCAACCAUCUAGCAUCAAAAGGUAGCCAACUAACAAUACUGGAGGAAGGGUCUAAUAGUGGGCCUAGAAAAGAUACUAAUGAUGAUUCUGAGACAUCUAAAUUAGCCACUUGGAAAAAUGCCAAAGAUAAACAAAAACCUGGAUUUCUGAAUGAACUUCUGCCAAACAAAACUCAGAGAAGAAAAAGCCUUAGGCUCCAAAACAACAAGACGUUUCCAGAGAAUGCUAAAAAUAAUAGAGAUAUCACUCAGAGUUCUGUGGUUGAAAUAAGUAAUAAAAUUAACUUGGAAGAUGGAGAGGACUUCAGUUUUGUGCCAUUAACAGGAACUUUUAAACCAGUUUUGUCUGCACACACGCCAAAGGACAUGGAAAUCUCUAGAAGUCAAACCACUGCUUUAGAAAAUAAAACUGACCCAGCAGAGGAAAUAACUACCAUACCUGUGGAUAACACUGUAAUGUUUCUAGAUAAUUUUGGUGAUCUGGAUGUCACCAAGUCCCAUACUGUUUUCAUCGAUUGUCAAGUCAAAGAGAAAGUACUUCAUGAAUAUACUAAGCUUGGAAUGGCAAGAACAGAAAACUGUAGUGGUCCUGAAAGUGAUACCUGUAUUCAAGAAGCAUCAAACUCUAUAGUUUCAUCUAAUGUUUCAUGCUUUAGUAGUGUUAAGCCAAGUCUGAGUAAUUUGAAUGGAAAAACUGAGGAUGUUUUAGACUUUCAGACUGUUCAUAUAUUACCUCCUACAGAACAGUCACUUGAAAUAGGAAACCAGGCACAUAAUAUGAGUAUAGCACAAACUACAGAAAUGUGUAAUCCAGGUUCCAGUGGUGGUAGAGAUGAAGAAAAUGAAGAUCUUCAUAUGGGAGCUGAAACUACCUCUCUACCACUAACGGCCAUUGUCAAAGACAAAACAAGAAGAUGUUCAUUGGGAAUCUUUUUGCCCAAAUUUCCAAACAAGAAAAAUUGCGGUAUCACUGUUGUUGAUGACCUGGAGCAGAUUCCAGCAGGUGGAACUGACUUAAAUCACUUAGAAACUCAGCUAGUCUCUAGUAAAGAUUCAGACAUUGGAGCUGAUGCAGUCAAACUGAACUUGAGUCCAUCUCAGUAUAUAAAUGAGGAAAAUCUCCCUAUAUAUCCUGAUGAGAUUCUUUCCUUAGACUCUAUCAGCACAGAUACCGAAGAAAAGGCUCUGAUUGACACAUACUAUAAAGAGAUUUUACCAUCUGAAUGCAAAAUAGAAAUUUGCAAUGCCCCAAAAAGAACCCGGGUACAAGAAGAUGAUAAUGUUAUGAAUGAGAAAAAAAUCAAAACACAUGAUAGUAUACAAAAUCAGGAGAUUUUUGAUCAUCAUACUGAAGGGGAUAUCAAUAAAAAUGUCAACAGUGUAUUGAUAAAAAGCCUGAGCAGGACCCCGUCUAGUUGCAGCAGUGAUCAGGAUUCAAUCAAGGCUGACGGAAUCUCUCUGGACAUCAGUACACAACGCAAUAGCCAAAUGGAAUCACAGUUCCUUGGUGACAGUAUCUGUGAAGAUAGUUUGAGGGAGAAACUCAAGAAUGGACAAAUUACAAUAAAGGAGUUCUUCGUACUUCUUCAGGUCCACAUCUUAAUACAGAAACCCAGGCAGAGCCAUCUUCCAGCCAAAUUUGCUAUAAACUCAUCACCUACCCCUGAAGAUCUGAUGUUGAGACAGUAUGUUUAUGGACCCAAGAUACAGAUUUACAGAGAAGAUUGUGAGCUUCUUCGCCAAAAGAUUGAAGAAUUACAGGUAUCUGCAUUGACCCAAGAUAAACUAUUGACUGAUGUAAAUAGGAACUUGUGGGAAAAAAUGAAAGACUGCUCUAAUGAAGAGCUGAAAACCUAUGGGAUUUACCUUAACAAAAUAAAGUCACGUUAUACCAAGAUGACAAAAGUCUUCACUCACCAAGGAAAAGUGGCUCUGUAUAACAAAUUGGUGCAUUCAGCUGAGAAUGAAAAGAAGAAACUUCAGAUAAAAAUGAAUGAGAUUGACAACAUACUUAAGAAGCUCAAUAACUGUCUCACUGAAGUAGAAAUAGAAACUAGGAAAUUGGAGAAUGAAGAGAAAGAUGACCCUAUGGAAGAAUGGGAUUCUGAAAUGAAAUAUGCAGAAAAAGAACUGGAACAGUUGAAAACUGAAGAGGAGGAGCUCCAAAGAAAGUUCUUAGAAGUAGAGACACAGAAAACGCAGACUCUUGCUCAGAUAGAGUUUAUAAAAGAACAAACAAAGAAAACUGAAGAAUUACUAGAUCAACCGAGUUUGUCUGAGUGGGAUAUCAUUGAGUGGAGUGAUGAUCAAGCGGUAUUUACCUUUGUUUAUGACACAAUAGAACUUACCAUCACCUUUGGAGAACCAGUAGUUGGUCUCCCUUUCUUGGACAAGCCUUACAGGAAGAUUGAUGAGCUCAAUUUUCAGUCUAUGUUAGAUGAACAUAAAGCUCCUCCUUCCUCCCUUUUAGUUCAUAAGCUAAUUUUUCAGUACAUUGAGGAACAGGAGUCCUGGAGGAAGAAAUGCACAACACAACAUCAGGUAUCCCAGAUGCUUCAAGAACUCUCACUAGUAGUAAACCAUUGCAGACUUCUUGGAGAAGAGAUUGAAUUUUUAAAGAGAUGGGGCCCAAAUUAUAGCCUAAUGGAUAUAAAUGUGAAUAAUAUUGAAUUAAGACUUUUAUUCUCCAGCACUGCAGCAUUUGCAAAAUUUGAGAUAACUUUGUCUCUCUCAGCCCAGUAUCCCUUCGUCCCACUGCCAUUCACCAUUCAAAAUCACCUUGGGAACACGAGCCACGAUGAAAUUGCUGCAAUUAUAUCUAAAGUGCCUUUAGAGGACAACUACCUGAAGAAUGUGGUCAAGCAACUUUACCAGCAUCUACUUAAGGACUAAAAUUUUUACCAUAACACCCACGGGAUCACAGCUAUAACAACUAAGGAAAAAUGCAUUUACCCAGGCCUAGAGGUGCAUUCUCAUAAUUGCAGGAUUCGAGUGAGAUAAAAUCACAAGGUCAGGGUAGCAUGGGCUAUCUAUGAGACAUGGUCUAAAUAGACAAACAGAAAACUUAACAAAUACAUCAGGAUCACCGUUGCUAUGUAUCCUAACAUCAUAUAAAACUAGCAAAGUGCCUCUUGAUGAUGUCAUAGUUAAUUUGUAUCAUUAGUUGUGAAAUACCUAGUCAAAAAUGGUGAGGUCUCAAAUAGCAUAUAUCAACUUUCUUAUCCAUAUACCCAAGGUUGAGUAACUUGACAUGUGGGAAAUUUGCCCUAAUCUAACUCAUCGAUAGAGCACUUACCUUGUGUAAUAAAUUCCUAGAGUUAAUACCACAGAAAUAAUUCUUUUUAAACAUAGUGCUCUUUCCCUUACUAUGAGCUCUAAGGAGUAGCUUUUACAAGGAAGUAAGAUGACCAAUACAAAGAUUAACCACUGCCCCCUAUUUAGAGCUUCUGUGCAUUCAUGGCCUUCGCCUAGCAGGUAUGUCUAGAGUAGAAACAUCUCUCAGCUUGUUACAGAACACGGUAACAGGAGGACAACUGAUCUCAUGACUUCCAGACUAGUAUGGUCAACAGAGUGAAAUUUUCUCAAUAAGAAGUAAAAAAUGUCUUUAUGCACAAACUACUCAACCUCUUUCCCCAUUUCAGAAAUGCUAUUAAGAGAAAGCAGAAGCACUCAGCUUUUGAAAUGGUUGCCAUCUUCUCUCGACAGCCUUGGUAUUUUUUUCUACAGUGUCUAUUAAUGUAUUCUUAAGUGUACUUUUUCUAGGAAAAAUUCAUUCAUCUUGCUAUAUUAUGUAAAUAUUUGAAUGUUUUUGUAUUUGUGAUAUACGAUCUAUGUAGUAAACAGAUAAUAUGCC